AGCGUACUUUUUUCGUCAUGAGGUCGAUGCUCUGAUCCAAUGUCUCGGAACAUAUCUGCCAUUUAUAAUUGGCAUUGUUAAAUUGAUAACUUUACAUUACCGCCGAGAAGUAUUAGCUGAAUUCUUGGAAUCAAUGGAGAGCGAUUGGGCAGCACCACUUUCUGGAGAACAUUUGAAGAUUAUGCUGAAAAUGGCGACAAUUGGUCGCAACAUUUCCAUCUUCUCUGGAUCAAUGGCGUACGCUGCAAACAGUAUUGGUAUUAUAGUUCAGAAAUUGUACAAUCUCGAAGCACAGCAGAUACCGAAUCCCGAUCCUCGUCUCGUGACCAAUCUCUUCUGGAUAGUGUGGUUGCCAUAUGAUACAACGAACAGAAUAAAUUAUGCAGUAUCUUUCGUCCUUCAGUUAUACAGCUCCGUAUAUGCAGCACUUUUCUACUUCAUUUUUGACAGCUUCAUCGUGAUGCUUGUCCUACACUUGUGCGGACAGCUCGGUGAACUCCAGAUAUCACUGCGUCACUUGCAUGAGACCGAUGAUCAGGGUAUCACCUUCCAAACUAAACUGCGAAUGAUUGUCCGAAAGCACGAUAAACUUGUCAGAUUGGCUGGAGAUCUUGAGGGCUCGUUCAGUUUCGUCCUUCUUCUGCAGCUGUUAGGCUGCACUUUGAUGUUCUGCUUUCAAGGAUAUGGAAUAAUUAGGCUAUUUACUCAGGGAACGUUGAAUAUCUUUCAAGUACUCUUUGCAGUGACAGUGGUUUUCGCCACAGCAAUUCACUUUUUCUUCUGCUGUUGGGCUGGAGAGUUUCUUGUAUCACAGAGUGUAUUGGUGGGACACGCGGUGUACGAUUGCGAAUGGUACAAACUACCCCAUCUUGAGGCUCGUUCUCUGAUAUUGAUAGGUCUAAGAAAGCUCAGACCUUUGACAUUGACAGCUGGGAAGUUUUCAGUACUAUCAUUCAAUCUCUUCCUCAACGUAUUGAAGACAUCAAUGAGUUACUUGUCAAUGUUGAUGGCGGUUCAAAGUCGCGAAUACUAAGUACUGAUGAAAAUUAGAAAUUCAAUGAGACAAUGGAAAAUAAAAAUUCUUACCUUGUAAUGCAAUUGAUAUGGUUGACUUACCCAUCUCAUUGUCUUGAAGAGUCCCCCAGGAAACCGCGAUUGAUGGUCACCUCAUGCAGGAAGCUGAUCUGCCAGUUGAACUACAAUGUGAUGUUUCCUUCCCAUCGGUGAAAGUAUAAUGAUUCUGACCUCAUAAAAAGAAAUAGGAGGGUGGGUGGUAUGUACCCCCAGCAAAACUAUUUAUUUAAAUAGUAUAAAAUAGAAAUUAUUUUGUUAUUCAUAACACUCGAUUUUGUAAGAACGAAUUUUCUGCCAUAAGUACCUGUAAACCUGAAAGAUCUUUGCCCCAUCAUUUGAUGAUAAAUCAAAUCUUUACAAAUAACAAAAGAAUAUCAAAUUGUCUGUUCAAAACCAUUAAUUGUAUACAAUAUAUUGUAUUCUUAUAAAAAUGUUGAAUAAACGAUCUUAAUUGGAAAUUCUAAAAGUUGAAA